CUAUAGAAACCGCAAAUUCACAGAGCAAGACGAAACUCUGAAACACGAGAGAGAGAGAGAGAGAGAGAGAGAUUUGAAGGAAGGAAAAUUGAUAGAGGUAGGAAGCUCGGUUGGGCGAGCUCUUGUUUGAGAAGCUCAGAAUGAAAGAAUGGCUGAAAAGAUUACGAGCCGCAUUCGGCGCCUCAUUUCUGUGGCUCGUGUGCCUCAUUUACUUCACCCAGGGCUUUAGAUCCUUUGUUUUCACUGCAGUUUCGUAUCAGCUGAAAGAUACGCUCAAGUUGUCGCCUUCGUCUUCGCAGUUUGUGUUUUCGGUAGCCUUCUUCCCGUGGAGCAUCAAACCGUUGUAUGGAAUUUUGUCUGAUUGUAUUCCAAUAAAAGGACGGAAAAGGGUUCCAUACUUGGUGAUAGCAACUGUGCUCUCUCUUGUCCCAUGGCCUAUUCUCGGACUAAAUGCAAUGUCGAGGAGUUCCAUGUGGCUCCUCAUGACCUUCUUAACAGUCCAGAACCUGGGCUCGGCCAUGGCUGAUGUAGUAGUUGAUGCAAUGAUUGCUGAGGCAGUAAGACAUGAGCGGGCUUCAUUUGCUGGAGAUCUCCAGUCAAUAUCGUGGUUGGCAAUGGCUUUUGGCGGCAUAUGUGGGAGUUUGACAGGAGGAUUUGCAUUGUCCAACUUUCCUAUUCAUAUUAUUUUUCUUCUUUUUUCUAUACUACCAUCCAUACAAUUGUUAUCAUGUGGCUUGGUCGAGGAGAAUUCUGUUGAUAGUAAAGCUUUCCCUGAAUAUUCCAAAUUAAAAAGCUCCCAUGAGGUGAAUGGGAAUGGGAAGAGUAGUUUUCCGUUUGAAGAUAGUUUUUCAGAGAAGGAAUCCAAUGUCAGCAUUACAAGGAGAAAGAAGAGUACUAAAGGCAGCAAAAAGAAGAGAGUUUUGAGGAAAGUACAGGUUUCUGGUAAAGUUGACUCACUAGCAUCACGAUGGUUCCAAUCUCUGAAAGCAGCCACUUUCAGUCUGUGCCGUGCAUUUAAACAACCCAUUAUUUUGAGACCAAUGGCUUGGUUUUUCCUGGCGCAUGUUUCCAUUCCAAACCUCUCAACUGUGAUGUUUUAUUAUCAAACCGAAUUCUUGGACUUAGAAGCAUCCUUUUUGGGCACUGCACGUGUUGUGGGAUGGUUAGGCCUUAUGCUUGGAACCUUCGUAUAUAAUCGUUACUUAAAGAGAAUGAAGUUGAGAAGAAUCCUCAUGUGGUCUCAACUGGGUUUGGCUUUCAUGACUCUGCUUGACAUUGUUUUGGUGUCACGAGUAAAUCUCACCUUUGGAAUAUCUGAUAAGAUUAUGGUGCUCUGUGGCUCAGCUCUUAGUGAUGCUGUCAAUCAGUUUAAGUUUAUGCCGUUCCUGAUCUUAUCCGGACAACUCUGCCCUCCUGGAAUUGAGGGUACUCUGUUUGCUCUUUUCAUGUCAAUAAAUAAUUUGGGGUCAACGUUGGGGUCCUUUGUUGGUGCUGGAUUGGCUUCAGUUUUGAGCAUCUCUUCAGGUUCUUUUGACAACCUUCUAUUGGGAAUUGUCAUUCAAGUUCUCUGCAUCUUCAUUCCAAUUGCUUUCUUGUUUUUAAUACCAAAGGAAGCUACAGGAAUAGAAGCUUAGAUAGUGUCAUAACUACUCACAAAGAAGAUUAUAGUGUAGCUUUGCCUAGGGACUGAUAUCAAACGAGUAUACUUUCCUGUUUUACAGAGACUGGAAUGUACACAAUAGCUUCAUGUUUCACAACAGCAUGUACUUACAGUUGCAAAUUACAGAUACUCCUGAGUGAUAUACUUCCUUUUUUAGAGCUUGAUUCGCC